AUGGUUGUGUUGGCGGUGGUGGUGGUGGUGCUGGUGGUGGUGGUCCGGGAGGUGACCGCCACAGGGGAGUUGUACUUUGUGACUGCCGAGGUUGGCAAUCCAACCGCCUUUGCGCGGGCACUUCGGGAAGAGCACAGCAACAUCUUUGAGCUGUUGCGCAAGAUCGUUCGGCUGGCCGCGCCGAACCUCUAUGAGCUGUGUGAUGAAUGGGGCGUCGACACCGACGGCAAGUUGCUCCUUGAGGAGAAGCUGCGCCACCUGCACCAGCGGCGUUGCAAGCUUCAGCAGCUGCUCUGCUUGCAGAUCUACAAGGCCAGCUGCAGUUCUUGGCUGAAGUGGCUUCUUCUUCCCACAAGACUCUCCCAAGCUGCGUCCUUCAACUUGUUUCUAGCAGUAGAUUGCGCAACCGCCAUUACUGGUUCCAACGCCUCAGCCCUGGCAAACUUCUGCCGCGCCUGCUUUGCUGCAGAGAAGGCUGUGAGUGGACUUGGGAAACCUGCUGCCAAUGAGAAUGGUUGCGCAUUGUGCGGGGCUGCGGUGUCAGCGGACAACAAGUCUCCUGUGGUCAGGGUUUGCUUUUUCUGCUACGAGGAUCAGUGCAAGAUAGAGCUUGCCAUGGAGGAGUCUCAGAAGCAGGCCAGAUCCGACGAGAAUGCCGCCGCGGCCAUCGAGGAGUCUCAGAACUUUGACCGGACCGGCGAGGGCGCAGCCAUUGUCAGUGCGCCGGCUGGAGGCAAGAAGAGGAAGCUGAGCGACAUGGCCCUGCCGGAGCUGGGGUGGAAGCGAAGGGCGAGGGACUCAGAACUCUGUUGGUUUGCCCGCGUGCAGGCACACCGGCAUGGGGCGGAAAAGAGGAUGCAGAAGGACUACAUGGCCCAGUGGCGAGCUUUCAGUGAAAAGCAUAAGCAGCGCUUCAGGGACGAGAUUGCAGGCUACAUGGGGGAGUAUGCUGCAAACACAGAGACGGAGGCAGACAAGCCGCCUCCGCAUGCUCCGCGCUGGGCUGCGUUUGAGAAUGGUGUUGCUUCCGUGGUGCUCCCAGUGGACUACACGCUUGAUGAUCUGCAGGCAGAUUUUGCACAGUAUGCGGAAAAUCCUUCCGCACACGACCAAAAGAGGUGGGAAUUCUACGCUUUGCUGCACCAGCUCUUGGCUCGUGAGUCUUGCCCUAUCACAAGCCCAGCGAAGGCAGCUGAGCAGCUGACAAGCUUGCGUGUAAACAGGCCCUACUUGUACAAGCUGCGCAAGAGCUUCGGGGACGGGGCCCUUCCCUGGGAUGUUCCCGCUCAAUUCAAGAUGGGCCGCACGCCUCAAGAAUCCUUGGGGGAGCGUGAGAAGCAAGACCUUCUUUGCUAUGUGAAGUGGCAUCAAAGAACCGGUACCGCCCUCUCGAUUGAGCAGCUGGAAACUGCGGCAGUUUUGAUGAAGUUAGAAAAGCUGGGUGAGAUCGGCGCGGACGAGUGCGGGGAUGACUUAGAAGCAAAGCUCGCUGAGCGCCGGCCUCGCUUUGCCCACUUCUGGCGCGAUUUCAGAGCAUGGGUCGAGGCCACGCAGCCCCGUGAAGACAGCCUGUCCUUGCAGAAGCUCAAGGCCAAGACUUUGCACCAGGCUGCCGUGAUGGAGCCAAAGGUUAUCGAGCAAGCCUUUGACACCCUUCAGAAGAUGCUGACCCGCCUGGGGCUGAUGUCUGCCAGCGGAGUGCUGCUCGCCUCAAGCUCUGGGCGUGUGAUCAUAGCUGACGAGAAGGGGUUCUCUUCUAGGAGCGACGUCCUCACUCAGAUGCGCGGGAUCAUUACUCAAAGUGGUCGCUCGAAGGCUGCUACAGUGUCAGCAGUCACGAGCUUUGAGCACAUUACGGUAUGCUCGUGGCUGCCUAUGCAAGGUCAGCCACUGCCGGUUGGAGUCAUUGUCCCUCAGAAGCGCCUGCAUGAAUCCUUUUCGCGCAUCUGGCCCGAGGCGGAGCUGUUUGCAAACCCUGGCGGCAGCCAAACUGCGGCUAGCUUUGUGCAGAUGCUGGAAAGGUUACUGGAGCGGUAUGGCGUGGAGCUCUUCGUCUUGCCCAGUUAUUCUACAGCAGCUCUCUGCGCGCUUGACCAGCAGCCUCAUAGCAUCAUGAGUGCGCGGUGGGCUGCUGUGAAGGCUCAGUUGUCUCGCCAAGGAAGGGACAUUAAUGUUUUCAUGGCAUUGAGCCUCAUUCGCAGGAUCGUCAUGGAGGGUCUGUCUGAGCAAAACCAACGUGCUGGCUGGGCAAGGUGUGGCUUUGUGCCUGGCGAGCUGCUGCAGAGAAAUGUGGUUCUAAAGGAGCGGUUUGAGGAGCUGUUUUCUUCAAAGCGUGCUGGCGCUGGCUUUGACGCAAAGCCGCAAACCAAGACUUCUGCGGUGCUGGGCUUGCUGGCGGCUGUGAGCCCAAAGAAGGUUCAUUGCUCCAAAGCAGGCUGCUCCCAGAAGGUGUCUCUGGCAGAUCGCUUCUGCGCGGCCUGCGGCGAGCCGAACACAGCUUUUUCAGAAGAGGCUGCUGAGCUAGUCCGAUCUGGCCGAAGAAGUGGUUGGUACAAGCCGCCUGCUCCGUCCGCCGUUGUGCCAGAAAAUGCAGCAGAAGAGAAGAUGGAGCGCGGCAUGGGGGACCUACUUUCCAAGCUGCGGAAGCGGGGCAGCCAAGCGCAGCCUGCAGAGUCUGACGCGUCUGCUCCUGCACCAGCAGCUCAAGGAACCUCUGCAGCUUCGGGUGAUCAGCCCAUCGUGCGAACGGAGUGGGACCUUGACAAUGAAGCAGACUGCAUUGAUUGGGUGCUGCAGUGCUUCAGCAGCGAGAAACGAAUGACGAAGCUGUUCUGGCGCUCGACACGGCUUCUCGGCAAGCUGGUGAAGUGGCAGGGACUGGAAUUCCCCGGGUUCCUGCGUGAGGAGAAGCAGAGCGCCAAAGCUACUGCAAGGCCAUGCUCUGUCGACCGUACGCAGCUCUUCGUCAGAACUGCGACAACCUGCGGCCCAGAGCUCAAGGAGUAG